AUGAGUAAUUCAUAGCAAACACCGUGUCCAUUUCAUGAUGGUUAAUUUAUUUCAUUGAUUCGUAAGAAUAUUAGAUCUGAAGGUAAAAUGAAAAUGUGCUCAAAAUGCUUUUUCGAUGAAGAAAAUCUUCAAAAGAAAGAUGUUAUAAUAAUUGAUGAAUUUGAUACCAAAAUAGCAAAUUUGGGUUCAUCCUUAGAAACAAUAUAACAUACAUCAUUAUAAUAAUUGGAAAUAUUAAAUGACAUCAAUUAAGAAAAAGAUAGAUUAGGGCAAGCCAUCGUUGAAAUGGGACAGAAAAAAUAGUCUUUAGAUAAUUUUAUAAAAACAUCUUAAAGUUCUUUUUAAUUAGGGAGUGUUAAUUUAAGUGACAAUUAGGUAAGUGAUUUUAUGGAGCUAUUUAAUCAACAGGAAUUGUUAAGAAAUAUUAAUUUAGAGUUAUAAAGAUCUCUUGAUCCAUUAAGAGAUUUAAGGACAUUUUUAAAAUAAUAACGAGAAAAAAUUCUAUAAGAUAUCUAAUUAAUAAAUUAGAUUUUAAAUGGAAAACUAUCAAUCUAAUCUGAAAAUUUACAUUAAUAAUAGCAGGUUAAUGAGCCUAAUUCACUUGAGUUGCUAUGUUUUAUAUAAUAUUUAUAAUAGGUAUUUUUGAAAGUUGUUUGUUUAAAAGUGGUAAUGAAAGUUCAUUAACGGAAUCAUACGAAUAAAUCAUUUAAUAAAGCAGUGAAUCUUUUUAGAGUUUUUCGUUGAUAAGUUAAAAAUAAUCAAUACCUUAACUAGAAAACUAAUAACAUCAAACUAUCACAAUAAAUUUAGUUUUCGAUCAUUUGCUAAAGACAUAUGAAGUUGAUGCAGAUCCGGUUGCAUUUAUUGGAGAUUUAGCUAAGGAAUUCAAAUUGCUUCUUAAUCAUACAAAAGAAAUAUACUUUCUAUAUGAGGGCAAUAUUUUAGAAGAGAAACGUUCCUUUCAGCAACUAAAUAUUUAAAAUGGUUAUACUCUUCAGGGUUAGCUAUAAUAUUGA